CGAAGGAUUCUUACGUCAUGUGACUGUCAGCUGACUGUACCCGGAAACGUUUCGUGAAACUGACAACAAUAUAAAAAGGUUUUCAGCCAGAACAUUUGUUUACACUAAACUAGGAAUUAUAAUCGAUGGAGUCGACGCUUGAACAGCAUCUUGAUGAUACCAUGAAGAAUCCAGCAGUGGUCGGAGUCCUCUGCACUGAUCAACAGGGACACAGUCUGGGAUGUCGUGGCUCAUUGACUGACGAACACGGUGGCGUCGUGUCUGUUUUGGCCAAACAAGCUGCAGCUCUCCCCAAAGACCCAACAGACUCCCCUACUGUCUGCCUGGAGUCUGACUCAGGGAACAUCUUGGUGAGAAGCCACGGGAGCAUAACCAUAGCAGUCCACAAGAUCGCCUCCUGAAGACUUCAUGACUCUUCAGCAUUUAUAUUGUAAUAAAACAAACACAUGAACAGAGACUAAAUAUAGGCAAUCCAAACAAAUCCGAGAAACAGGAAACUUUUACUUCUGCAAUGUUUUUUUAUGUGUAUAUUUAGUCCUAGACAUCUUUGCAGGUUGUCAGUGCUUUUGUACCAGUUGCAUAUUGCAGAGCAGCUUGUUUGUCAUAUGCAGCCUUCUGUGGCCCGUCUGCUUUUGUCUUUUGUUUGACAAGAUUUUUCUUUAAUCUGAAGCAUUGUAUAACAACCCUAAAUAAACUUUAACUUUACCCUGAGCUGCCA